UGGUGAAUCACUAGGUACUGGGUUCCAGACUCCAGUGGCAAAAAGAAUGGCUGUUUCAAGGGCUUUGAUGAAAUUGCCUAGGUCACCCAAGAAAUAUGCUGCAGUUUUUGAUGGUCUCACACAAAUAUGCUCCCCAAGAAAAAGUAAAAGCUGUCCAUGACAUACGCUUUCUGCGCCUACCUGAGAGAAGAAAGCUCAUCCUUCUAAACAACAUUAAAGAAAGUAUCAAAACCUAACUACACUCCACCAGCAAAAAAAAAGUCAGAUGUCUAGUGCUCAUAGACAAGUACUCUGCAGUAUCCUUAGUAAGUACAACAAACUCAGAGGUUGUGCUACUCAUUUCUAACAUUUGGUCAAGAAGUUUUAUGUCCAAGUGCAAAUCAGAACAAAUUGCAAGAAAAAAAAUGACGUGAUUGCAUUGCACAAAAUGCCUUGGAAACAAUAUUCAUUUUUUACAGUAGAGGGAACUGAUCCCUCUCAAUCAUCUGUUAGUGCUCAAACAGGAAAACGUUUCAUGCAAAAGCUACUUAACAUAAGAUGCAGUCUUGCUUAUGUGAGUUGUGUUUGAAGAUUUUUCUUUAUAUAGAGGGCAUUAAUAAAUUUCUGAUCAAAAAAGGACACAGAGCUGACAUUAAUAAAUCCAGCUUCAUCACUUGACUUAACUCUAUGCCCAAGAACUAAUGCCAAUUGUUUUCAUAAGCUGCAGUGCAUUGAAAGAUCAUGUAGCAACUGUGGUGUGGAUUUAAUUAACAAGUAUUGAGCCUUUAAAAAAUUGCACAGAUGAAUUAGCAGAGUGGAGUAUAGUAUGUGGUCAAAGAUGACGGAUGAGUAUGUUCAGAGUGAUGGUACACUGCAAAAGGUAUCAAAGUGGCGACCAGUAAAUAAAGAAGGAUCUUUUAAUGACCUAGUGAGAGGUAUUACACCUAACACUAUUGCUUACAGAAAUAGAAGCUGUUUCUGCUAUCCAUACAGAAAUUCAUAUGGCAGUCAGUGCCUGCAUGAUGAAAUAUGUGGCUCUUGGAAGGUGUUCAAACUUCAGAAACAAAAUGUGCAAUCUCAGUCAAAUCUUGAAGACUCUUUGGAUGUCAGUCCCAUAUGCUCAAAUUCAAAGGCCCAAACAAUUUUCUUCACUCAUCAAAAGUACAUUGUAAAUAGCUGUGUGAUUGUCAAGUAUGGGGAAAUAUUCUAUCCAGGUAUAAUUUUUUGCACUGUGUACCUUUUAAUUUCAAUAAACAAGUUCAAAGUAUGUUUUAGAUUGAAGUAUUAACUUUUCAACAUUGCUGGUAAUUUUUUCUAACAGGAGUUGUGAUAGAAGUCCUGGAUGAUCAGCGCAGAAAUAAUUUUUUAAAAAGGCACAGAAAUUAAAGAAAUAUAUAAAUAUAUAAAUAUAUAUAUCCAGAAGUGCAGGACAUACAGUUAGUGUAUGCAGACAUGAUUGUUACUGAAGUGAUGUUGAUACCAAUGGCAAUAGUUUGAGAGUGGAAUGUUUUGAUUUCUGAAUUUGUCAAAUAAAAUUUGUGUACAGUU